UCGUCUCUGAGAACACAAGGAGAGUUAAGGUUUUUUUGCGGAAGUUAAAAGGCAUUUAAAACAUGUCGGGUGAUGAGGCUGCUGCUGCUCCCGUUGUUGUUCCUCCCGUUGCUGAGGCAGCGGCAAUCCCAGAGGACAUGGACUUGUUGACUGCUUUGGAGUUGACUCUUAGGAAAGCUCGUGCUCAUGGUGGUGUUGUCCGUGGUCUCCAUGAGAGCGCUAAGCUUAUUGAGAAGCGUGUUGCUCAGCUCUGUGUCUUGGCUGAAGACUGCAACCAACCUGAUUACGUUAAGCUUGUUAAGGCUCUCUGCGCUGAUCACAGCAUCAACUUGCUUACUGUUCCAAGUGCCAAGACUCUCGGUGAAUGGGCUGGUCUCUGUAAGAUUGACUCUGAGGGUAAUGCCAGGAAGGUUGUUGGCUGCUCAUGCCUUGUAGUCAAGGACUAUGGUGAGGAUACAACUGCCCUCAAUAUCGUCAAGAAGCACAUUGAAUCCAACUAAGUUCAAUAAGCAUUUCGUAUCUCAGAUGUUUUUCCAUCUCAAUGCUGUUUUAUCUUGGUUUUGAUAUUUAAUAUUUUAGCAGACAGCUCUCGAGAUUUGUUUGAAACAUGAUCAAGUUUUGAUUUUAUGCAGCCUCUACUCUUCUUCCAGUACACAAAAUUUGCAUGAUGUUU